AUGUUAAAGAAAACACUAAACCCUGCCAGUGAUGUCCCCAUAACUAACCAUUUAGUGCCAGGACAUGCUCAAUCCAUCACUGUUCCCAUAACUAACCCAAUAGUGCCAGGACAUGCCCAAUCCAUCGCUGUUCCCAUAACUAACCCAAUGGUGCCAGGACAUGCCCAGCCCAUUACUGUUCCUAUAACUAACCCUAUAGUGCCAGGACAUGCCCAGUCCAUUACUGUUCCCAUACCUAACCCAAUGGUGCCAGGACAUGCCCAAUCCAUUACUGUUCCCAUAACUAACCCAGUGGUGCCAGGACAUGCCCAGUCCAUUACUGUUCCCAUAACUAACCCAGUGGUGCCAGGACAUGCCCAGUCCAUUACUGUUCCCAUAACUAAGCCAGUGGUGCCAGGACAUUCCCAGCCAAGUACUGUUCCCAUAACUAACCCUGUGGUGCCAAGACAUGCCCAGCCAAUUACUGUUCCCAUAACUAACCCUGUGGUGCCAGGACAUGCCCAGUCCAUUACUGUUCCCAUAACUAACCCUGUGGUGCCAGGACAUGCCCAGCCAAUUACUGUUCCCAUAACUAACCCUGUGGUGCCAGGACAUGCCCAGCCAAUUACUGUUCCCAUAACUAACCCUGUGCUGCCAGGACAUGCGCAGUCCAUUACUGUUCCCAUAACUAACCCAAUGGUGCCAGGACAUGCCCAGUCCAUUACUGUUCCCAUAACUAACCCUGUGGUGCCAGGACAUGCCCAGCCAAUUACUGUUCCCAUAACUAACCCUGUGGUGCCAGGACAUGCCCAGCCAAUUACUGUUCCCAUAACUAACCCAAUAGUGCCAGGACAUGCCCAGUCCCUUACUGUUCCCAUAACUAACCCAAUGGUGCCAGGAAAUGCCCAUUUAAUUACUGUUCCCAUAAGUAACCCAAUGGUGCCAGGACAUGCGCAGUCCAUUACUGUUCCCAUAACUAACCCAAUGGUGCCAGGACAUGCCCAGUCCAUUACUGUUCCCAUAACUAACCCUGUGGUGCCAGGACAUGCGCAGUCCAUUACUGUUCCCAUAACUAACCCAAUGGUGCCAGGACAUGCCCAGUCCAUUACUGUUCCCAUAACUAACCCUGUGGUGCCAGGACAUGCCCAGCCAAUUACUGUUCCCAUAACUAACCCUGUGGUGCCAGGACAUGCCCAGCCAAUUACUGUUCCCAUAACUAACCCAAUAGUGCCAGGACAUGCCCAGUCCCUUACUGUUCCCAUAACUAACCCAAUGGUGCCAGGAAAUGCCCAUUUAAUUACUGUUCCCAUAAGUAACUCAAUGGUGCCAGGACAUGCCCAGUCCAUUAUUGUCUCCAUAACUAACCCUGUGGUGCCAGGACAUGCCCAGUCCACUACUGUUCCUAUAACUAACCCAAUGGUGCCAGGACAUGCCCAGUCCAUUACUGUUCCCAUAACUAACCCUGUGGUGCCAGGACAUGCCCAGUCCACUACUGUUCCUAUAACUAACCCAAUGGUGCCAGAACAUGCCCAGUCCAUUACUGUUCCCAUAACUAACCCUGUGGUGCCAGAACAUGCCCAUUCCAUUAUUGUCUCCACGAGUAACUCGAUAGUAACAGAUGAUUCCCAUUCCUUCCUAUUACUGACCUCCCCUUAG